GAGCCUCAGGAACAGACUGACUACUCUACAGACUGAGCUGGAGAGUGUAAAAGAGGAGAACAAACAGCUGAAGGAGAUCAAGAAACAGAUGACAUUUGACAUCGAGACACUUCUCAGCCACAGACAGGAGCUGUCGGCUAUGAAGCAGCUGUUGCUGAAUGCCCAGAGAGAGUCUUCACUUCCUCAUCUCUCCCUGGCCCCACCCCAUCCCUCCUCACUACACCCUAACCCCUCAGUCAAUGCAGACAUCGAUCUCGAUUCUUUCACUCCUCGCCCCGUCCUCUUUACAAAAAGAGCCUCACCAACAAGAUCUGAUCAGAGUAAAAAAUGUUGACCCCACAGAACAAGCAGACACUCACUUCAUGCUAUUUUAUACACAAAAUUAUCAUUUUUAUGACUGAAUAAAACUGCACGAAAAUUGACAGAUGUACUGCAUUACAGACAAACGAGAGAGCAAGUGAUGAUAGUACUUUCUGAUUAAUAAUAAAUAAAUAAACACAUUCUCUGUCUCGGCCGUCAUGAAGAUCUUAGCGGGAGGAGAGAAUGCGCUGAUGGAGAGACUGAGUAGAGAGAGAGUUUUGGUAGCGAGCCGUCGAAAUGACUUCUUCGACGGAGUGUUGUCGAGGAGGCAGUGGAGCUGUUGCUGACGACGGAAGAGCAGCGUCUGUCGUAUCCUGAGAGGGGUCUCGUCGGUGUGGGUAGCUGUAGGGGACUGGUGAGCGGGGAGGGGGAGGGAGAGAGGAUAAGUUCAAAGAAGAUUAUUGUGCUCGAUGAGACGUCGGACGAUGUCGUUUUCGGGCCGCAGACUACGAGAACUUGUAGAGAGGUGGGUGUGGUCACCAUGGAAUGGAAUGGAGACCGGCACUCAUCGUCUGGGGUCCUGAGUGGGCAGGUGAAGAGAUCCAGAACGGGACCUUGACUGCAGUGCUCAGCGGUCACCAAUCUGUACCCCAGAGCCUGUGACCCACUGUCACCUGUCGCAGAACAAGAUACGUCACUGCUGGUUCUUGCUGAAGAGCCGUUUCUCUUGUGGAGACGGAACACAAGGAGGUCGCUCUCAGACGUGCCCGCGAGGAGGUAGGGAGAGGAGAAGUGGAGGGAUGUUAUCUGCAGAGUUGGGGUGGAUGCUGCUGGGAGGCCCAAGUCCGCAUCACACAAUGUGCUGUGGAGAGAGAGAGGGAGAGUGGGGGGAGCAUGAGCAAGGGUGGGAGAGAAACCGAUCACAGUCUCAUCGGGCCUCUUUUACUCCAGCUAUCUUCCCCAUUAAUUUGAAUGAUGGCCAAGGCUUUGAGCCAAGAAAAGGACAGCUUUAUAAGCACUUGAUGGGACGCUGAAUGGCUCGCGUUAUUAUAGUACAGGCUAACAUAACACGACACUGGGGUUUGGGCACACUGGCACUGAUCAAAACAGCAGACGGGCAGUGUUUGGAGGCUGUGUAGGCUCAGCAAUGUUGUGGUCACAUGGCUCGAGGAAUGCGUGUAACCAGGUCACAUGAAGACUGCAAUUGAACUAUUCAUAUCUGAGCUUCUCUAUAGUAAUA